GGAAUCCAAAGAAAGAGAAAGUACCCACAAAAAAGCAAAUUAAAGUUUCCACUGCAUGGACAAAAGAAGCUUUUACUUAGUUUUUCACAGCUAAUACCAUUCUGUACUUACUUUACUACUCCAAAUUUCAAUAUAUUCUCUCUUAAUCUCUCUCCGCACCCUCCCUUUUCUCAUCUUCUAACUCUUUAGACUCUUCAAGUGCUCUCUAUUGUCAAGAAAUGGUUAAAUUUGGAGGUGUAGUUAUUUGUCUCUUGAUUGUUGCAAUUGAUGUGGGUGCUGGGAUUCUUGGCAUCCAAGCAGAAAUUGCACAAAACAAGGUUAAGCACUUGAGGCUGUGGAUAUUUGAGUGUAGAGACCCAAGCCAAGAUGCUUUCAAACUAGGGUUGGCUGCAGCAGCACUAUUAGGUCUAGCCCAUGUUAUUGCUAACUUGCUUGGUGGGUGUAUGUGCAUUUGUUCUCAAGAAGAGCUUCAAAGAGCUUCCCCUAACAAGCAACUUUCUGUGGCUUGCUUCUUUUUUACUUGGAUCAUAUUAGCAGUUGGAUUGUCGAUGUUGGUGAUAGGCACUUUGUCAAAUAACAAGUCAAGAGCUUCGUGUGGUUUCUCACACCAUCAUUUUCUAUCAAUUGGAGGCAUUUUGUGCUUUGUUCAUGGACUGUUCUGUGUUGCAUAUUACGUUUCUGCCACUGCUGCUCUUACUGAGGAAGAAAAGUAUGGUGGUGCUUAAGCUUAUAACCAUAAGGCCCUUUUAUGUGCUGCGCUUUUCUUUUCCUUUUUUCCUUUCUUUAGUCAUUAGUCAUUUUCAUGCCCUCUUUUUGCAAGGUAAAUUAAGUUUGUAAUCAUCCUGUUUAAUUUGUGGCAUGAAACAACUAAUUAAAUACAUUAGUUGUUAUAUUAGUUGUUAAUUAAUUUAAAUUUAUUUUCUUUAUUCAA